AUGGAAAUUGUUGAAUUAAAAGAGGAAGAAGCAUAUCGAAUAUAAGAUCCGACUGAUAUUGUACAAGUAACACUUAUAGAAGGAGCAGUUGAAAUCUUUGGUUAAGAAUUAUUAAUGGUAGAAUUGAAUAUUUAAAAUAUAAGAAAAAACUAUAUGAAUUCCCUCCACAUAAACCUUUUUCUUUAUUUUGUUGGGUUCCAUCAAAAUUAAAGAUUAAAUAUAAAACUAAAGAAGAUUAACCUGGUUAUAUCUUUAAUGAAGAAGAGAUGAAUUAUCAUAAAAUGAUGCAUGAUUUUCUAAAAAUAAAUCAUGUUUUGGAAUGUAACAUAAUCAAUUAUUUAAAGAAUAAAGACAAAUGUCUUUAAAAUAAACUGAUAAAAUAGGUCCAAGAUUAUUAAUAUUAGGAAGUCAUUCAUGUGGAAAAAGUAUUAAAUAAAGUUAUAUUUUAGAUACUCUAUGCAAGACUCUUAUAAAUUAUAGUUUAGUUUAUGGUUGGAAACCAAUUUAUGUAGAUUUGGAUCCUGAUAAUCAAUAAAGUGAAUAUCCUCAUUCAAUUAGAGCUGAAAUUUAAAACUGUGUUAAAGAAUAAAUGUUAAAAAAUAGAGUUACUUAUUAUUUUGGAUAUUAAUGUACAUGAAUAUUUUAAGAAUGAAAAGAUAAGGAUAUAGUUA